AUGGAUACUAACGACGACUCUGAUGAAGACCAAGUUACAAGCUAUGAUGUUCAGCUCAAUAUUCAAGAAUCCAUUGAAAACAGCAAGAUUACGUUUGCAUCCUAUAUGACCCUCUGGGACUUCAAGACCUGUGAUGGAGAAACAACCUUGACCUUGGCAGUCAAAGCUGGUCUGGUGGAAAAUGUAAGAACGUUACUAGAAAAGGGAGUGUGGCCCAACACCAAAAAUGACAAAGGAGAGACACCCCUUCUGCUUGCUGUCAAGAAAGGCUCCUUCGACAUGGUGUCUGCUCUGAUUAAACACAACAGCAGCCUUGACCAGACCUGUGUCAAGCGAUGGUCAGCAAUGCAUGAAGCAGCCAAACAGGGUCGCAAAGACAUCAUAGCUCUGCUGUUAGCCCAUGGAGGGAACGUGCACCUGCGGGAUGGAUUUGGAGUCACACCCUUGGGUGUUGCCGCGGAGUACGGCCACUGUGAUGUGUUAGAGCACCUGAUCCACAAAGGCAGUGAUGUCUUUGCUUUGGCCGACGAUGGAGCAUCAGUGCUGUUUGAGGCAGCAGGAGGGGGCAAUCCAGACUGCAUUUCCCUCCUGCUGGAGUACGGAGGAAGCGGAAAUGUACCAAACCGAGCAGGACAUCUCCCUAUACACCGAGCUGCCUAUGAGGGACACUAUCUUGCUCUGAAAUAUCUUAUCCCAGCGACAUCCAAAAAUGCAAUCCGGAAAAGCGGGCUAACACCCGUUCACUCAGCAGCAGACGGACAAAACGCACAGUGCCUAGAACUGCUCAUUGAAAACGGGUUUAAUGUCAACACUCUGCUUGCCGACCACAUUUCCAAGAGCUAUGAUGACAGGAGGAAGACGGCGCUAUAUUUUGCCGUUUCUAAUAAUGAUAUCCAGUGCACAGAAGUCCUUCUGGCUGCAGGUGCAGACCCCAACCUAGAUCCCCUCAACUCCCUUCUUGUGGCAGUGAGGGCCCAUAACCAUGAAAUCGUCCGGCUGCUGCUCUCCCACGGAGCUGAUGUCAAUUGUUAUUUCAUGCGCGUGAAUGACACUCAUUUCCCCAGUGCCAUUCAGUACGCUCUUGACGACGAGGCAAUGCUUAGACUGUUGCUGAAUAACGGCUACCAAGUGGAGCUGUGCUUUGACUGCAUGCACGGCGACAUCUUUGGAAACUCCUUUGUGUGGUCAAACAUAGAGAAAGAUGUCCUGCCAGGAUGGACAUCUUGUGUAAUCAAAGACAAUCCGUUCUGUGAGUUUAUUACAGUUCCUUGGAUGAAACACUUGGUAGGCAGCGUUAUCCGCACGUUGAUAGAUUACAUGGAUUAUGUUCCUCUGUGUGCCAAAUUGAAGUCGGCACUCGAAGUACAGAGAGAAUGGCCAGAAAUCCGGCAAAUACUAGAGAACCCUUGUUCAUUAAAGCAUUUAUGUCGGUUAAAAAUUCGAAGACUGAUGGGUCUCCAACGACUGUGCCAGCCAGCCUGCAUGGAAAAGCUUCGCCUACCAUCAACUAUACAAAGAUACAUAUUAUUUAAGGAAUACGAUCUGUAUGGACAAGGGCUGCAAUUGCCAUAA